CAAGAUUCAAGCCAUCUUAGAAGUCACACCUCUAGUUCUAGAUCUGAGCAGGGUGGACCGGUGUCCUACAUGAGGGAGGACAGCCCUCUGUUUGAAGGGCUACAUGGUCCAUGUUUGAUUUAAAGACAAAGGAACCACAGGGAGCGCGAGCAGGAGAGUUGAAGUUGCCCUGUCGACGGUGAGCACCUGGACAGAAGACAGCGGGCGCAAAGGUUGCAGUCUACUCCGCUAUGAUGGCUUCCGUAACAGAUGCCAGAUAUGGACACAAGGAUGCUUCCGACCAGAACUUUGAUUAUAUGUUCAAACUCCUGAUCAUUGGCAACAGCAGCGUGGGCAAGACUUCCUUCCUCUUUAGAUAUGCUGAUGACACUUUCACACCAGCCUUUGUCAGUACUGUGGGAAUUGACUUCAAAGUGAAGACUGUUUACAGAAAUGACAAGAGAGUAAAACUGCAGAUUUGGGACACUGCUGGACAAGAAAGGUACAGGACCAUUACUACUGCCUAUUAUCGAGGAGCGAUGGGAUUUAUCCUUAUGUAUGAUAUUACUUGUGAAGAGUCCUUCAAUGCUGUUCAGGACUGGGCCACUCAGAUAAAGACCUACUCCUGGGACAAUGCUCAAGUCAUUCUGGUUGGAAACAAGUGUGAUAUGGAGGAUGAGAGAAUUAUUCCUUUUGAAAAGGGAAAACAUCUUGCUGAUCAGUUGGGAUUUGAUUAUUUUGAAGCUAGUGCCAAGGAGAACAUCAACGUGAGGCAGGUCUUUGAGCGCCUGGUGGACAUCAUCUGUGAAAAGAUGUCGGAGAGCAUGGAUUCAGAUGCUUCUAGAACUACUCCUGGGAAGAAUGUGCGUCUCACAUACAACCCACCUCCAUUGCAGCAGAAAUGUUCCUGUUAGUGCCUCAAAAUCUCUAAAAAAGUUCAGGAGGGGGUCAGAAACAGUGUUUAAUCACAUAACCGCCUUUAAAAAGAGUUAUGUUUCAGUUUUGGUAGAGCUGGAUAUAUUUGCUUAAUGUCCCCAAAACAGUGCAACGCAGCUUGUGUUCCAGUGAAAAGUUAUGCUAUGGUUAAAAUAUUUUAUAUAGUCUGUCACAUAUUUCUAAAUGGUUCUUGAUUUUACCAUAGUAUUGCUGUUAGCUAGGUAAUCCUGAUCCAAAUUCACUUCAGCACCUGUGAACUAGAAGCCACUGUUAAGAGAUAGCUAUGGUAUAGUUUGAAUUUUCUGACAAAAAGGAGGACAGAUUCUUCAAAAGGGGAGGCAACAUUCUUUGUGUCAGCAACUGGUCUCUAACUUAAUAAGGAAUUGUAUAGGGAAGAGCUGUAGCUCAGUGAACCUGGUUUGUGUGCAGAAACCUCCAGAUUCAGUCCCCAGGAUCUCCAGGUAGGGCUGGGAAAGACUUCAUGUCUAAAACCCCAGAGAGCUGUUGCCGGUCAGUGUAGACAAUACCAGCUAGAUAUACCAAUGGUCUGAAUUGGUAAAAGGCAGCUUCCUGUGUUAGAACACUCCGGGAAAUCAUUUAAAUCAACUCUUUUCAUUGAAGCAAAGGCCUUUGUGCUCAAUCAUUCCAUACUAUAGCAGCCAUGCCACUCAGAUUAGCGUGUGCCAGAAGUAAAGGGGGGCAUGGUAAAGAUGCAUAUUUUCAGAAUACCUGUAAGACAGCAAAGUGCAACUAACAUCAAGAAAAAGUGAUCUGGGCAUCCCCCCCCCAAAGCAGUGUUUGAAAAACACUGUUAUGUGCAUGGAACACCUUUUGGUUGCAAUUGCGCAGCAAGGUUGAGAGUGACCAACUCCCAAUGCCAUUCAACAAAUUUGUGGAUGAAUUGCUCCACAGAGACUGUCUGCAUUCUGUUUCUUGUUUAACGUUUUGCACUUGUGGAAGUACAUUAGUUCACAAUAAAACAAGAAAAGAAAAAGCAGACAGACGUAUGCAACUGGAAAAGGCUGAAAUAAAGAGUCCUGUGGCACCUUAAAUACUAACGAAUUUCUCAUGGCACAAGCUUUUGUGAAUUAAUUUUCAGUUAAUCAGAACAUGUACAUAUUAUUUAUUUAAGACCAUUUCUAUACCAUUCAAGUGGUGUACAACUAAAAACCACAAUAUUACAAAUAUACAACAAAAUCAUUAGGACCACUGAAAAUGACACACUUUAAUUUUUCUGUCCGUAUCCUCUACCCUCAGCCAGGUCAGCUAAGCUCAGGAACCAAUUAUUUGCAAUCUGCAGAAUCAAGCAUUUGAAAGUUGCCCCUGACAAUCCUGCAGUUACAUUAAGACCGCAAACCCACAUAACUCAAUGAAUUAUGAGUUCAUACGUCUACUCUGAAUAGACGUACAGUAAGGCCCACUCAUAUGGCGGGUUACGUUGCAGACCCCCGCUGUAAAGCGAAAACCGCUGUAAAGCGGAACCCAUUGAAUAGAAUGGUGCGUGAAGACCGAAAACCACCGUAAAAGCAGAACAAGCGCCGUAUGAGUGGGGCUUUAGUCUAAUUGCGUCUAAUUGAGACUGCUGUAUUAGCGAAGCGCUGUAAAGCGAAGCGCUGUAAAGCGGGGCCCUACUGUAUAGGAUUGCACUAUUAAUGCUCACACACAAACUGCACUUUGUCACUGUAGGAAUAUUGUGAUAGUAAGUUAAAAUGCUUUUAGUAGAGAAUUUGAAUUUGUCUUAAUUAUAAUGAGAAAGUUCUAUUUUCUUGUGCAUUUGUGAUUUGGUGUUUAGGAGGCACUGUCUGUGUAAUGCUUCAAGUGUACAUAAUGUUCCUAAUAAGACAAUGACAAAAUAAAAGCUGUUAUUUAGUCACUGUGUGUGAUCUGUUUGAGUAUUAAUUUAGAGUGCUCAUAAACACAAAUAACUCACCCAAAU